GCUUACUCUUCGUCCUUCCCUCCACUAUACCUACUCCUCCGUCCCGAACCCCACACCUCUCAAGAUGGAGGGUGCAUCCCGCCAGACAUCAAGGCUGCUCCGGUCUCGCGGUGCCAGCCUCCUCCCCCAACAGCGCCGCCUUCCCCGAUCAACCACCGCACCAUGCGUGACACCGACACAGACCCGCGCGGUCUCGAAUUCCCCGCGAAAUCUCGCCCCAGAGUCCAUCUUUAGCAACUUUGCUGCAGCUGGUGGCUCGCAGGGAUCCGGUCUCGGUCCUACUACCUACUUCUCAAACCGCCAGACUCUUCCUGCCAACACGGUCGUACGAUUCGUUCCGCAACAGACGGCGUGGAUUGUUGAGCGCAUGGGAAAGUUCCAUCGGAUUUUGGAACCGGGUCUUGCUAUUCUGAUUCCGUUUGUGGAUCGGAUUGCCUAUGUUAAGAGUUUGAAGGAGUCGGCUACUGAGAUUCCGAGUCAGAAUGCUAUUACGGCGGAUAACGUUACCUUGGAGUUGGACGGUGUGCUAUACACGAGGGUUUUUGAUGCGUAUAAGGCUAGCUACGGCGUCGAGGAUGCGGAAUACGCCAUCUCCCAGCUUGCGCAGACGACGAUGCGUUCCGAGAUUGGUCAACUGACACUGGACCACGUUUUGAAGGAGCGUGCCACGCUGAACACCAACAUCACUCAGGCCAUCAACGAGGCCGCGCAGGACUGGGGCGUUGUCUGCCUGCGUUACGAGAUUAGGGAUAUCCACGCACCCGACGGCGUCGUGGCUGCCAUGCACCGUCAGGUCACUGCAGAGCGAUCGAAGCGUGCCGAGAUUCUCGACUCCGAGGGUCAGCGCCAGAGCGCGAUCAACAUCGCCGAGGGUCGUAAGCAAUCCGUGAUUCUUGCCUCCGAAGCCCUGCGCGCCGAGCAGAUCAACCGCGCUGCUGGUGAGGCCGAGGCGAUCAAGCUCAAGGCCGAGGCCACUGCCCGCGGAAUCGAGGUGGUUGCCGGCGCCAUUCAGGAUGGCCAGGAGAGUGCCCAGGGUGCCCUUAGCCUGCGUGUGGCUGAGCAGUACGUCGAUGCCUUCUCCAAAUUGGCUCGCGAGGGUACUGCCGUUGUGGUUCCUGGUAACGUUGGUGACAUGGGUGGCAUGAUUGCCUCGGCCAUGUCCGUCUAUGGCAAGAUCAACGAGACCCAGGCAAAGGGCCUCGCUGCUAAGGCUCUCGGCCAGAACCGUCCUAGCAGGAAGUCAGACGAGUUUGAGGAGGUGGAGAGUGAUGUCGAUUUGGCCAUCGCUGAUGAGCUGUCGCCAGACGGUGUUGCGCAGAGCGUGCUGGAUGGAUUCGAUGAGGCCAGCAAGAAGAAAUAAAUAAGCGCAUCUGAAACGAAACGAUCAACCCCCUCUCCCUCUCUCCACCUUUCAUUCUUCCUCUUCUCCUGAUGUAUGCUAAUAUCAUUCUUCCCUUGUGUUCUGCAUCCUGUCCCAACCGGCUCUCUUUUACCGCUGUAUUACUCCCUUCAGUUGAAUAUUCCUCUUCUGGCCUGCCUAUUUGAAUCGUUUGGCAUAUUCCCAUGGGGUCAAAAAUCGCACUGAUGUCUCUGGUCUGCGCUGCGGGAUAACCCGAUUGGUCUUUGUACUUGUACAUAAGGAUAUUGUAUUGCGGCAUUGACAGGGAAGCCAAAGAGGAAAAUAAAAAACAAGGCCAGUGUAUGAUAAGUGUG